GAGAGAGAGAAUGCAUGAGAGGAUUUCGCAGUAGAAGGACUAACUUGUUUUUCCUGUUUCUGCAUAUCUCCUCAAGGUGUAAACAGGGGAAGUGGUAGAAGAGUAGGGCACACACACGUACACAUACACACACACACACACAUAUGCAUGCUGACACACAGUAACAAGGACACGAUGCAGUCAGCGCCACCUGUUCUCCCUCGGAAACACUCAUUAAUCAGAGUCCUCAUGCCUCCUGGAGCACAGCCUGCCAGCACAGACCACACAGCGAAUGGAAUUCCAGUGACGCCAAUAGUUGCACCAACGGUUAAUGCAGAGAGAGAAGUGGAGCUGUUAAAUCACUGUUUUGACGAUGUGGAGCGCUUCAUGGGCCGUCUGCAGCAGGCGGCGGAGGCGCGCAGUGUCCUGGAGCAGCGCUCCAAGUCCAAGAAGAAGAGCAGCCGCCGGAAAAGCAAGAAGGACAAAGACGAUGAUCUGCUGACCCAAAAGGCCACUCCCCCGUCAGAAGAAGAGUUUGUGGACAUCUUCCAGAAAGUCAAGUAUUCAUUGAGCUUACUGGACCGCUUGAAGGACUCAAUAUCACAUCCUAGUUCAGAAGAGUUGAUCCACCAUGUCUUCACUCCACUUAAUUUGAUGGUGAAGACCACUGGAGGUCCGUCUCUGGGUGCCUCGGUGUCCAGUCCGGCGCUGACCAGCGGGGCCUUGGCCCUGCUGCAGGGCACUCUGACAGAGGAGGAGAAGGAGCUCUGGACGUCCCUGGGAGCCAACUGGACCUCAACACAUUCUGAGCUGGGAGAGGCAGGGUCCCCCUACACCCCGGUGUUCCUGGACGGGUGGCAGCCGGCCAUGUGUGACGCUGAGGGCCAGCCCCUGGAGGACCCUGUGGAGUCCCAGCAGAGAUACGAGGCCGCGGUGGAGAGCCAAGCUGCACAGGAGGCCGAAACUCCAGUUUCUCCCCAUCAGCCAACAACAGAGUUAGAUGGAGGGGAGAGUGCUCCAGCUACUGAGAAGCUGUACCGCUGUAGCUAUGACUUUGUGGCCAGAAACAGCAGUGAGCUCUCAGUCCUGCAGGGGGAGACACUAGAGGUUGUUGAGUCUUCCAAGCGCUGGUGGAAAUGUAAGAACAGCUAUGAACAGAUUGGCUUUGUGCCCUAUAAUAUCCUGGAGCCGUUAUCAGCUGUGGAGAAUGCAGAGGCGGACCAGAGGAGACAGUCCAAGAAAGUGCCCAUAGUUCCCCCAAGCCAGAGGUUCUCCUACUCGGCCCCCAGCCCCACUGAGGCCAGCCCUCCAGGCUCUGACGGCCAGAGUGUGCUGCCAGCCGGGGAGGACAUGGGUGUGCUAAAUGACGAGCUGGUCCAGAGGCUGGCUAACGGGCGGCCGGCCUCCCUGGUGCGGCCCCUGGUCAUCCCCCGGGCAACAGAGACCUCUGUCCCCCUCAACUACACCUCGCCCCCCUCGGAGGUGCAGAGCUGGCUGCAGGGCAAAGGCUUCAGUGAGGAGACGGUGCAGAGUUUAGGGAUCCUCACAGGCGCUCAACUUUUCUCCCUGAACAAGGAGGAGCUACGCACCGUGUCGCCAGACGAGGGCGCCAGAGUCUACAGCCAGAUCACUGUGCAGAAAGCUCUGCUGGAGGAUGUGCGGCGGGCCACAGAGCUGGAGGCCGUGAUGGAGAAGCAGAAGAUGAAGGUGGAGGCCGGAGGAGACGCAGAGAUGGAGGCCUGAUGGAGGCCUGACAGAAGACACACACAGCACAGAAGGCACCUGAGACACACACACACAUACAUAAUUGCAUACACACACACA